AUGUCAAAGUCCCGUGAGUUCGACGAGGAUACCGACAUGUCUCUUUCCUAUGCGAGCAGAGCGCCGGCUGGAAACGCCCAACAGCUACCGUCAUUUCGCGAGCUUCUCCCACCACACCUCCAUGACGAAAUCGAUUCUUCUACAUAUCAACAUUCUCGCCGGUCCCAAGAACGCCCUUCAUCUGGCCAUGAAAUGGCUGCCGAUCCUCGUUCGAUCCCCGGCUACCCAUCAAACCCAUCACCUCAAAUGCCUUACAGCGAAUACCCCCGCGAUUAUACCACACGUACCGGUGAACAUCCCCCACGACCAAUGAGUGACCACAUGUCUUUGAGAGACAACUCUCCGAUGUUACCCCCGAUACGCGAUCUAGGCUCUAUGCCGGAACGUCAAGGUUAUCCGGACAGUCGCAUGGCUCCUCGCUCUGAUCCCUUCGCGCACGAAUAUCGUGGAGUUGCCCCAAUGGCAGCUCCUUUGUCGGACCGCCGAAACCCUGAACCGCUCGGCGCGCCUAUUAUGCAGGGCCAGGCCUCUCACGGACACCCAGCAAUGACCUAUCAAGGAGACCCCGAGCAGAUUUCGCCGCAGGUGAUGACACAUCCAAAUCAAGCCAACUUCGGUAUCUUGGGAGACCCGGUUGACCCGAGGACAAGACGCCGGAGAGGCAACCUACCCAAGCCAGUAACGGACAUUUUGCGAGCCUGGUUCCACGAGCAUCUCGAUCACCCUUACCCCAGCGAAGAGGAUAAGCAAAUGUUUAUGACUCGGACUGGGCUCACAAUCAGCCAGAUCAGUAACUGGUUUAUCAAUGCACGACGACGACAACUGCCUGCGCUACGCAACCAAAUGCGCGGUGGAGCAGACCCCGAUUCAUCCCGGCAGUCUCCUUUCAGUGAUAUCGACGAUCACCUGCCAUCUCCUCACCACUAG